AUGGGUCGACAGGCUUAUUUGAACCGGCUCGCAUUGGGCCGGUCUCCAUACGAAGCUCCCGACAAUGCGGCGGUUGACCCCUCCAAUCCAGUCCGACGGAUCUCCAGUGUCCACGCGGACAAUUAUAUGCAGCAAUAUGACACUCGAGGGCACCCUGUUAACCCCGAAUCCAGAGCACUUGGGAAAGAACUCCGGAGGGCAAAAAACGACAUCCUUUCAACAAUGGGGAUUGUCGUCAGUGGAGAAGACCGAAACUCUAGUAUUCCCAAUGAACAGCAAAAGAUCAACCAGAUUGCGAGUGAAAAUGAUUUUGGACUAGUGAUAACAACUCUUGAUCAACUGUUCAUCUUUUUCGGUACCUGGUGGACCUCUUCAGUCACUGGUCGCGUACAGACUUAUCGGCAUUAUGCCCAUUCCGCAUUAUUCAGUGUCAUAAAGUCUGAGAGAGACACCAUAGGGAUUCUUAAUUUCUAUUUUUCUGGAAUUCCUGCCUGGGCAAUAUCCAGUGGUUUGACGAUAGCUCGUGAAACCCCACUGAAACGGGUGUUCGUCUUUCUUCGGGACUACGUUCAGUCUUUGACGGGCGACUCAAUUGGCGUUCGUUCUCUUUUCGGGCUUCUAUAUACAGUGGCGCGAAAUUCUGUGCUUAUGUUGUCUAUGGAGUUCUACAUGUACUCCACACUCCAAUCUCUUUCCCUUGUGUCUCCAUAUGGCAUUCCUGGAGCGCAUCUUCUGCUUCCCUUCAGCAGAGAAUCCUUGCUACAACUGCCACCCUUGCCCGCCGAUUUCUCUGCUCACUCACUGGGGACCUCACUCGUGCAGUUGCUGGCCUCCCCUGGUGUUUUAGUAUUCCUUUAUGGCUACUACUUGCGACCAGAGCUGGAGGAGCGUAUCUAUCGAUUGAUCAGGCGACACCUUCCAAAGCCAGCUCUUCCCGAUGAACUCUCAGUCCGCGUUGCCUUCGAAGAAAACCUGAUAGAGUGGGUAGUGCCUACCCUAGGCCGUAGAUCAGACGAAGAAUUACACCGCUCCAAACUCUCGCUAUUUGAAGAUGUCAAGUUCGAACUAGCCAUUUUUCGAAGGUGGGUAUCAUCGUUCUUUGGACUGAGAUCGAACCGAUCAGCAGAGCAACAAGCUAUCCAGUCCUUGAGAGACGAGAGGAUUGAAAAUCUACGCAAUUCGAUUGAGUUGUUGCAACAUGAACUUGACGGAAUCCAAGUUAAUCUGAUUGGCGAAGAAAGACCAAACAAUCACCCACCUAGGCCGCCGGGGAUCACCCCCGAUGCCCAGGUUGCUGCUCUUGCAUCACGAGAACAACCACGACCACAGGAUGCAAUAAGGCCCACGAAUUUGACCCAAGCAGAAUCAGUCAUUGGGCUGAAUCAAGUGCUUACAAAUGAAGAUCGUAUGUCUCAAUCGCCUGGAGAAAUGAGCAGUGACUAUUUCUCCGAGAUAGCUACUGCGGGAAGAACGAGCCGUCUCUCGGCCAGUUCAACUCCGCAGGAGCAAACAACCCCUUUGCAAAAUGAUGAAGAUUUUGCUACGGACCGUCAUAACUCGCGAUCCAACACUCUCUUUUCUCGCCCAUCAUCACCAGAAACAUCACCUCCUACGUCGCCUCGCGUAAGAGCAUCUUUGAUUCACCAGAGCGCCGACGUCAUCACGAUGCAGCUUGAGUUGAUGGGUCAUCGGAACCGUCACCCGCAAAUCCCAUCUUCAAAUAUCCCUCGGCUGCAUGCACCCGCAGGUAAUGAUGUGCCAGGAUCAAAUACAAACCCAGAUGCCAUGGACAGACGAUCCAUAGCCGAGUUCCUCGAGGCUCUGAUUUUAAGUCAGGCCCAGCGCCAGCAGCAACAGCAGCAGCAACAGGAGCAACAGCCCGUAGCGGCAACAGAUACAGACGACGUUUCAAGUGCCGGACCAUCCAACAUAACCCUUCAAGACUUUGGUGCCCCGGAAGUAGACCCUCAAAUUCCGGCUCCAGAAACCCAGACCACCGACGCUCCAACUUUAGAGUCAACCGAGGAACGACUAGAGUCCGUUGUUCCAAACAUUCUCCCAGAUGGCGUGGAAGAACCAAAUGACGAAGAGCCCCCAAAUGAAUCAAAUCCUGUGGCAGAUACGAACGAUAAUGAAGACACCCAAUCCGACACCCUGGUCCAGCCAAUUCUACCCUCUUCUCUUAUGCCCGGACAACUGACAAACCCAUUGUCGCAAGUCCAUCGCGUCACCCUUCUUUCGGCAUACCCAGUGGACUCCCUCGCAUCUCAUCUGGCUGCUGCAAUCAGCGGCAUCUUACUCGCGCCCCUUGAAGCCUACUAUCUUCGCUCAUUGACCCGAUCCUGGAUCAUAUCACACCCUUCCUCCCUUAUCCGUCUCUCAGAUGUCCACCCGUUGGGUCUUUGGUUUGGCGGAAGAACGUGGCCAGACAUACUUGCCUAUUCCGGCCGACUCAUGCUGAUGAGAGGGAUGCAAGUUGCGAUGAGAGCGGGGAUUUGGGGCUUCCUGGUAGGCUCGACAAUGAGGAUAGGGCGGAAGUUCUGCGGUUGGGGAACCUUGUGA